AUGGAUUUUAAAGGAAUGCUUCAAUUUUUUGUCCUCAGUUCUACUGUCUCGUUUUGUGCUUUUUCACCGAUCAUUGUACCAUUAGUUGUUGUUAUUUUAUCAUGGUUUUGGUCUGCAACAACUAUCAUCUCACUUUGGCUUGCCUAUUGUUGUUGGUUGUACAUCGAUCGUCACACUAAUUCACAGGGUGGUCGAUGGUGUAAUUGGCUUCGUCAAUGUUCAAUUUGGACACAUUGGGUACAAUAUUUUCCUCUUACAUUGAUUAAAAGUACUGAUCUCAAUCCAAAUCGAAACUAUAUAUUCGGUUAUCAUCCACAUGGAGUAGCGGCUGUUGGAGCACUGGGCAAUUUCGGCACAGAAGCAACAAAUUUCUCUAGUUUAUUUCCAGGUAUUCGUCCACAUUUGAUGCUUCUUCCAAUACAAUUUUUCAAUCCAUUCACACGCGAUCUUUUACUUGGAUUGGGUGCAUGUUGUGUAUCACGCAAUAGUUGUGAGUAUCUAUUGAGUGGCAAGUGUAGUCAAGGAAAUGCAUUGGUCAUUAUUAUUGGCGGUCGACGUGAAUUAGCAUUAAAAUAUGGGGCUUCCAUUGUACCUGUUAUAUCGUUUGGAGAAAAUGAAUUAUAUGAACGACGUACUUUUUUUCGAUUGAUACCCAACGGUAUUCCUUGGGGUCAACUAUUGAUGGGACAUAUACCACUUCGGCGUCGAGUCAUCACUGUCGUUGGUAAGCCAAUUCAUGUCGUUCAAACUGACUAUCCGACUUCCAGUGAUAUUGAUCAACUUCAUAAUGAUUAUAUUCAAGCAGUCGAGCAAUUAUUUAUCGAUAACAAGAAUAAAUACGGCUUCGAACAUGUACAACUCGAAAUUAUUUGA